AGCUACGACAACCACUCCCCGCGGUUCUCUCCCUCCUCCAUUCGCUCCCCUCCAUUGGCCUCCAUCGAAGAACCCUUCUGCCCCUUGAGGUCUUAGAGAUCCCAACAGGAGUUCAGGCGAUCACUGAUCACACCCAGACCCAGUGCGCUGAAAAAUCUCACACCACGAGGCCAUGGACACUCACCGGCGUCUGCAUACACCGGCUCUCCUCCUCCUGCUGCUCCUCGCCGUCGAUGCGGCGACGGUGGCGGAGGCGAAGCUGGUGCCCAACUACUACAGCAAGACGUGCCCGCGCGCGGAGCGGAUCGUCACGGACGUGGUGUCGCAGAAGCAGCUGUCGCACCCGACCACCGCCGCGGGGGUGCUCCGCGUCUUCUUCCACGACUGCUUCGUCAGCGGCUGCGACGCGUCCGUGCUGGUGGCGCCUACCGCGUUCGCCCGCUCCGAGCGCGACGCCGCGCAGAGCCGGUCGCUCCCGGGGGACGCCUUCGAGGCCGUGACGCGCGCCAAGACGGCGCUCGAGCUCGAGUGCCCCGGCGCCGUGUCCUGCGCCGACGUGCUCGCCAUCGCGGCCCGGGACCUCGUCGUCAUGACGGGGGGCCCCUCCUACCCGCUCCGCCUGGGCCGCAAGGACGCGCUCGCCUCGUCCCCCGCCGCGCCCGACGCCGAGCUGCCCCUCGCCAACUCCACCGUGCCCCGCCUCAUCGCCAUGUUCGCCGCCAAGGGGUUCAUGGCCCAGGAGCUCGUCGCGCUCUCCGGCGCGCACACGCUGGGGUUCGCGCACUGCAACGAGUUCGCCGACCGCAUCUUCCGCCGGGCCAAGGGCGGGGGCGGCGGCGGCGGCGCGGCCCCGCCGCACGACCCGACCAUGAACCCGUCCUACGCCAGGGCGCUGCAGGACGCGUGCAGGGACUACCAGCGGGACCCGACCAUCGCGGUGUUCAACGACGUCAUGACGCCCGGCAAGUUCGACAACAUGUACUUCGUCAACCUCCAGCGCGGGCUGGGCCUGCUCAGCACGGACCAGGCGCUCUGGACCGACCCCCGGACGCGGCCAUUCGUGCAGCGCUACGCCGCCAACCAGACGGCCUUCUUCGCCGACUUCGCGCGCGCCAUCGUGAAGCUCGGCGUGCAGGGCAUCAAGACGGGACGGGACGGGGAGGUGCGCCGGCGGUGCGACAUGUUCAACGGCAACCCCGCCCCUCUGGGGCCUUAGGGCUGAUCGGAUGACGACGGCUGGCCGGCGGAAGCGGAUCCCAGAACUGAUCGGAUGAGGACGGCUGGCCGGUGGAAGCGGAUCCCAGAUGUACGGGACCGCGGCCGGCAGGUUGGGCGGCAGCCACGUGAUCCAUUGGGAUGAAAGCAGGAAUGAGAAGAUCCCAUACCAACUGAGAUCGUAUCCCAUAUAUUUAUAUCUAUAUUUAUUACUAAAGCGAGUAAAUUUUCCAUCUAAAUUUUUG